CUGUCUCAAGUGUCAUUUAUCAGCUGUAAACUUUUUUCACAAAGCGGCAUUUUCGAUUUUAUGAUAUGCCCUACUAAAUUAAAAGAAACUUCGUAUAUAGAAAUAAAUUAUACUUAAUUAAAGAACCCAAUUCAGGUCGAAAGUUCCUAAAUAAAAAUCAUGUUCACAGUUUAGAGGUUAUAUAAGUGAAAUUGAGGUUAAGUUCAUUGCUUGUUUUGAAUCUAAGGUAAUAAAUAAAUAAUGUCGGAAACAUCUCCGAAUGAUGAGAAGGAAACUCAGGAAAACGUUCAAACAACGACCGACGAAGACCAGGGACCGGAGGAUAAGUGGGUGAUAAGAGACUGUGAACUGUACAAAGAUGAGUACAAAGAGUGCACAAGCUUCAAAGGCCGGUUCCAACAGUAUUUUGUCUAUGGUGAGACAUUAGACUGCAACCAGUGGAAGAAAGACUAUGACAACUGCUGUAAAUGGGAAGACAAGAGGGACAUAAAGGCUGCUGAAGCUUUAAUAGCCAGUGAAAAAGCAAGAAGGAUGGAAAGACUAAGAGCUCAUUAUAGAAAUGACAUUUGGAAAAAACGGGAUGCCCCACCUGCAGACUGGGACAAACCAUUACCAGAGUGGAUGCAAAAAAGAGAUGAAAACACCUACCUUGCUGUGAAAGCUAAAGAACUGAGAGAAGGAAAAGUGGAGGAAGACAAAAAGUUUUGUACCAUAAUGUGACCAGUGAUAAGUACAAAUUAUUAUUGUAGCUAAUUUAUACCUAAUAGUUUUAGUUAAUAAAGUUAAGCUGUACAUUUUU